CCUAUAUCUUCCUCCACAUUAUAAACCCAAAUUUCCAAUCCCAAAAUCAUAUCAUCAACUCGAAUAUUUCUAACAGCAAUUACUCAUCAUCAUCACUCUUCAAUUCUCGCAUUCUCUCAAUCCAUCACCAAUGGAACCACAAACCCAGGAACCAACCGAGGAUGGAGGAAGCAACAAAGCAGCCGGGAGUAGUGCUAACAUGCUUUGUAGGCGGAACAGGUGGAAUCCCACUACAGAUCAGAUAAGAAUCCUCAAGGAGCUUUUCUACAAUAAGGGAGUUAGGUCCCCAACUAUAGAGCAGAUUCAGAGGAUCUGUCUCCAGCUGAAAUGGUACGGCAAGAUCGAGUUCAAGAACGUCUAUUUUUGGUUCGUGAACCAAAGGGCUCGGGAGAAGCGGAAGAAGAGGUCCACUUCGGAUGUUCAUGUGCCCAUGCAAAGAUCAGGGCUUGUUGGUGAUGACAAUGGUACCAAUUGGAAACCUGAGGAUCAGUAUAUUAACUUCGGAUCUUCUGCAUCUGCUUCUGCUUCUUCAGCUGGUGUGAUUGCUUUUAACGGGCAGAUAGGGAACUAUGGUGGUUAUGGAUCUAUGAACAUGGAGAAGAGUGCUAGGGAUUGUUCAAUCUUAGCU